AUGCGAGACGCGAGUAUAAGCAAAUCAUUCAAGGGCUGGCACGAGAAGGAUCUUAUAGCCGCGACGCAAGAGCUCUCUGAGCUCAACAAAGAGACCAGGCAUAUCUUCGAUAGCGAGAAGGAGGAUAAGAAGAUCAUCUGCACGAACAAGAUAAACGAACUCACGGCUAAGAUUGCUCAGCUGGAUGAGCAGCUGGCGAGCCUUGACGAACAGAUUCAGCGUUGGAAAGAAGAAAACAAACCCCGUCCUCAGAGCGAGUUUGCGGAAUGUGAAGCACGAAGUAAAGCGCAUAUGCGCGCUAGGUUGGAGAGGAUCCGGUAG